CUUCAGACCGGAAACAUCUUCCUGUGUGGGGCUGAGAUGGUGGCUGGGUGUUGGUCGCACUAUGUUGAAAACGCCGCAUUAGACUUUUUGUUUUUGUUUGAAUAAAUCUUUCUUUCUCUCUGGCCUGAACUUUAUUCUUCUCUGAAGCUUCCCGUCUGAGCGAAAAUGGUUUUCUACUUUACAAGCGCCGUAGCCUCACCGCCCUAUACCAUCUACAUGGGGAAAGACAAAUAUGAAAAUGAGGAUCUCAUUAAAUACGGCUGGCCUGAGGACAUUUGGUUUCAUGUGGAUAAGCUUUCCUCUGCCCAUGUAUACCUUAGAAUGCCCAAGGGCAAGACGAUAGAGGACAUACCAAAAGAGGUUUUGAUUGAUUGUGCCCAGCUAGUCAAGAACAACAGCAUUCAGGGGUGCAAGAUGAACAACAUAAAUGUUGUUUACACACCAUGGGGCAACCUGAAGAAAACCGGAGACAUGGAUGUUGGCCAGAUAGGCUUUCACCGUCAGAAAGAGGUGAAAACAGUGGCAGUAGAAAAGAAAGUCAAUGAAGUCAUCAAUCGGUUGGAGAAAACAAAGGAGGAACGAUAUCCGGAUCUUGCAGCUGAGAAAGAGUCACGAGACAGAGAGGAGCGGAAUGAGAAGAAAGCUCAGAUACAAGACAUGAAAAAGAGAGAAAAGGAAGAAAUGAAGAGGAAAAAAGAGCUUGAGGAGUUAAGGAGUUACUCAUCCCUCAUGAAGAGUGACAACAUGACCACAAAUGAGGAUGGCAACGAUUCUGAUGACUUCAUGUAAAUGGACAAAGGGAGCUGCCAAGGAGAACUAACCUAUUUGCCCACAGUUACAAAUCCUACACAGUGCAUAUGCUCAGAGAAAUGUCAUCAUGUGCACUCCUGUUGGCUGUGAUGGAGGAACUUGGUGUACAUUUCAAAAAGAACACGUGCCUAUAAACCACUGUGGCAAGACUGUAUUGGAGCAAAUUUACCUAAAGAUGCAAAAUGACAGAAGCUACAAUCAUUUGACUUGUGUAUUAAUGUUCAUCUGUAAGAGAGAGCUGUGGCUGGGCUGUCUGUAAAUCAGGAUUUUUUUUUUUUUGCAUAUGUUUGUUGACUUUUGGGCACUGCAGUUGCUCAUUUUGAAUGUGACCUCAGCUUGUGUUUCAGGGUUUUAACUUUGGAUGAGUUUAGCAGCAUCUGUACUUGUUUGAUUUCGUUGCCCUGCAUGCUAUAGAGUUUUUUUUAUGGCUUCCAACACAACUGACGCACCUAAUGAACUAAUUAAGAAGCCCUUAAUGAGGUGGUCUGGGUGUUGGAGCAGUGAGAACACUACAGCAUACAGGCUUGGUGGUACUCAAGGACCAGGACUGAGGAUCUACCUUUUGGAGAUACGGAAGCCAGAUGUCGACCCAAGCUCUUCUACUACAAGAUACAUAACAGCAGAUAUGCAAACCCCAGUUUAUUGUUCAUGUUUCCUUUUUGUUUCAAAGAUGGAUGCAAAACAAUAAAUCUUGAAGCAACCUCCUUUCACAAUCCC